AUGCAUGAACCAAUAACUACCCUUUUCUCCUAUCAAUCUACUGAAGCUGAGAGAGUAGUUCAAGAAUACGAACCAAAUGAUGAUGAGAUCAUGGUGUCUUUUUCUGAUUUGCAAUUCAACCUAGAGGAGGAUAAUGUACCUGAUAAAAUGAUCAUGUCAGGUAAAAAAUUUAAAAUCCUCAACAACAAAAUCAAUUCUCUUAUUCAAAUUCAAAAAGAUAAUGUGGGAAGGAAUUUCAUUACUGGGGUAAAGAUGAGCUUUGAUUACAAAAUUCAGAAGCUUCGUGAUGUUGCCAAGGAACGUCAUGAUGUUUUUGUUGAACAAGUGAAGAACAUGAAAGAGUUUUUGGAUCUUAAGGUGGUGGAACUCAAGUCGGAGAUGGCUAAAAAGGUUGAAAAGGUGGAGAAAAAUUAUGUUGUGUUAUAUACCAAACUUGAUGUUAUUGCUGAUGCUAUCACAAAGUUGGUCAAUUUUAAUACUGACUAUUCAACCAAGCUUGAAAAAAAAUCGGAGAAGGAUUCCUAG